CCUCCUUGCGCGACAACCUACGACAACACUCUUCACAACAUGUCGUCUGAUUGGGUACCUAACUCUUGGAGGUCUAAAAGCAUCGCUCAGGAUGUAACGUAUCCUGACGAGCAACACCUAGAAAAAGUCCUGUCGAAGAUCAAGACACUUCCUCCACUCGUAACCCCAUCAGAGAUCGAGCGUCUCCGGAAUCAGCUCAGCCUCGUGCAGCGAAACGAGGCCUUCCUCCUUCACGCAGGCGAUUGCGCAGAAAGCUUUGACGCCUGUACUCAUGAAAACAUAUCCGCCAAAAUCGGGCUCAUCCUAUCUUUCUCCUUGAUAUUAAUUUGGGGUGCGCGUCUCCCUGUCGUGCGAAUCGGACGCAUUGCGGGACAAUAUGCCAAGCCGCGCAGCAGUGGGAUAGAGAAAAUUGGUGAUCGUGAAGUCUUCAGCUUUCGCGGGGACAAUGUAAACGGGCUGGAUCCCGACGAUAGAACCCCUGAUCCCGAAAGGCUGCUCAGCGCAUACUUUCAUUCGACAGCGACGUUGAACUACCUGCGUGGGUUACUCACCUCCGGCUUUGCAUCCCUCCAUCAUCCCCGCGAUUGGUCCCUUUCCCAUGUCCGAUCUCCAUCACUCCGGACCGAGUUUGAAACGAUCACCGAAGGUCUCGCGGACGCGCUUGAUUUCACGCGCACGAUCGGCUUUGAUUCGGGUAGGGAGGCUGUGAAUUAUGAGCAAGGUGGGGGCCGUGGCGUCCUUGGUGAAGUCGAUUUCUACACAAGGCAAGGCCUCAUGCUACCAUACGAAGAAGCCCUUACUCGCGCGUUCCCUAUCCCUCCCGCGUCGCCUUCGUCGUCAUCUCCUACCGUGCCUACGGCCCAUUACAACAUUUCGGCCCAUUUCCUCUGGAUCGGUGAUCGCACGCGACAGCUGGACGGUGCACACGUGGAAUAUUUUAGAGGCAUACGGAACCCCAUCGGGAUCAAGGUAGGACCCAGCAUGCUCGGAGAGGAGCUUGUUAGGCUCUUAAGUGUUGUCAACCCUGACCGGGAGAGUGGACGAGUCACGUUGAUCACCAGGUACGGUGCUAGCAAGAUAGAAACUCACCUGGAAGGUCAUAUCAAAGCCAUUCAGCAGUCAUCCCAUCCCGUAAUCUGGAUUUGCGAUCCUAUGCAUGGAAACACACAAACGUCGACUACGGGUCUCAAGACUCGGCAUUUCGGCAACAUCAUCUCGGAGCUCACCUCCUGUCUGCGCAUACACGCUGACUGUGGUUCGCAGCUCGGCGGCGUCAGUCUAGAGUUCACAGGCGAGAUGAACGAGGAAGGAUUCAGCGUCACCGAAUGUCUAGGCGGCAGCAUGGAGCUGGCUGAGGAAGAGCUGGGUUUGAGGUACCAGAGCUUCUGUGAUCCGAGGCUGAAUUUUGAGCAAUCGCUGGAUGUCGCGUUCUUGAUUUCAAAUCAUUUCAAGAAUCAGCGCAGGGGAGUUAAAGCUGGGAGGAAUGACGUGCUCUAUACGGAGCUUGGAGGGAAGAAAACGGCGUGACUUGUGCGCCACUGGAUGCAUGGAAGGGAUGUCUUUGCAAAAAAGAAGAGAGCAAAGUCAAACUGCUGCGAGAGCAGUCCCUUCGGUUCCAUAAUAGCAGGGCAGCCUAAAUGCAGUGACAAACGAAGUAUUGUACAAUUGCGCAGGCGGAUCCUAUCUUGCCUUAAACUUAGGUGGGACAAGUGCUAGAU